AUGGCGUCCGUCUCCUCGCCUCCGAUGCAGCGCAAGCUGUACGCUCACGAGCCACGUACACUCCUCACCCUCCUGCGCGGAUACAUGCCGUUUUCGAUUUCGGUCGUGUCUACCAUCGUAGCAAACCCGUCGGCCAACGACCACAGCCCAGACCCCAACUGUCCGGUCCUGGCACCCAUAUACGCGACCUUCCCUCCUCUAGCAGGAGGAGGAGACCUGACUCGUGAAUCCCUAGCCGCUGCUGGUAUCGGAGAGUACGACUGGCUCGUGGCCGUGUCAUUGCCCGCGCCCAGUGUUCAGCUGCGCAUCCAUCACAACCUCGUGUCUGCCCCCACCGAAGUCCAGACUCUCGACGCGAUAGAGGCCGCUCGGGACGUGUAUAGGGAGGCCAUGCGCCAAAUGUUCACCCUGUUUCCGACUCACUUGAAGGUGGGCAGUGUACACGAGAUGUUCCUCGACGCAGCGAUCAGCGUCGCUGGUGGACCCCGCCGCCCACCUGUGUGGAUGUACGUCGCACCAAACAUGGGUGCUGGUCCUACGGUGGUGGACGUUUCGGACGUGCCGCCAUAUGAAGACGAGUUGGUUCUCGCAAGCGGCAACCCCGCAGACGCGACACUUAUCCACUCAACCAACCCAUACCGGUCCGCAGAGUACUAUGCCGCCAGGUCGGCGUAUACGACAUCGCUGCGUCCUCGCACACCGGAUGGGUCAUAUUCUGAGCCUGCAGCUUGGGUCAUGACGCACGGUGAUGGUAGCCUCGGUGCGCUUUGGACCCAACCCGACUACCGCCGUCGAGGGCUCGCCAAGGUCAUCGUUGCGAGCCACUUGGCAGAGGACGAAGCGCGCGGUGGUGACAGCUACCGCAAACUCGCCAUGUUGAGACGGUUCAAAUCCAACUCGUCAACUACCUCUGUGACACCGUCCAUAACGUCGACGCUCGUCAACCAACCGCAGAAUGUCCAGCCUGCUGUGUCGACGAGCGCAGCGAGGCCAAGCUUGUUCCGGCGUAUCGUUCCCCCGAGCCUGAUGGUCAACCAGGACCAUGUUGAUUACCUCGUCGGCCUCAGCUUCUCGCCUGACCUUGCCCGUCAAGCGGUGAUAGACUCGAAAGGCGAUCAAGAGCGCGCCCUCGAACUUGCAAUCCACGCCUCCCACGGCCCUGCCGCUCCACCAGAGGACAACAAGGCAGACUGCAGGAUCUGCGCGGCCGAAGUGGCCAACGCCGCCGAGGCCAGCCAGACUCUCAUCGAAGUCCGCAAGCGCAUGAACAGCGGCCGCUUGUCAUGCGUCCAUGUCCCCUUCCUCGAGGCACUGAGGCGGAAAGGCUUCCACCGUGAGAUUGCCGCACGGGCACUGUACCUGUCGGGCGGCGACCUCAACGUUGCCAAGAAGUACAGCUUCCACAUUCAACAAGGCCACAUCCUGCUGAACGGCGCCUGUGAUCGAUGUGACGCCGCCUGGAGCCGCGUCGGGCCGUUGCCAGAAAGCAAGGAGAAGGCGGCCAUGGACCGAAACGUGAUCGCACAGGCUAUGCGUGACGAAAACUCGCUGGCUAUCCUCCGCGCAUUGGGACAUACACCUCAGGUUUCCAAAGUCGCUCUUCGUGACGGCAGAGGCGACCUGUUACUUGCGGCCGACCUUGCAGACCACAUCUCGGCAGGACACAGUCGCAACCUGCCACAGCAACCGACUGGGUGUCUCGCGUGCAUCGAGGAGAGGGGACGGGUCGAUGCCGAAGAAGCACGGAAGCGCAUGUUGGAGCACGACCGUCAAGUUACCAAGGCCCACCGUGCACUGAAAGGGCGAAAGUCCGGCGGUUAA